AUGAAAAAUCAUACAAGUAUAAUAGACUAUAUACAAAGGAAAUCAGUAGAAUGCCUCAAUGAAAAUUCUAAAUUCCCAAUUUCCAAUGCAUUAUUCCAAUCAAACUUAGAAACAUACUGCUCAUCUUUAGAUGAUCAUGAAUUAUUUAUAAGGUUUUAUUUUACACAACCAAUGAGACUAUCUAGUAUUUCAUUUCGCCUUAGCGAAGAAGAUGUUAAACAAGGGUAUGGUCCGAAACUAGUUAAGUUAUUUGUAAAUUGUGAACCAUAUAGUUUACAUGAUGCUGAAUCCGAAGAUUCAACACAAGAAAUAAAGAUUUCAAAAUCUCAAUUAAUAACUGGAGAGCCAAUUGAAUUAAGAUUUGUCAAAUUCCAAAAUGUAUCAUUUCUACAAAUAUAUGUAUCGGAAAAUCAUGGAGCUGAACAGACCAGGAUUGGUCGUAUUAAUAUUUAUGGUGAACAAGGUAACUACGUUGAUAUUACUAAGUGGAAAGCAAAAGAUGAAAGUGAGCAUGCAUAA